AUGAGCGAUCGUUUUAGGUCUAGGAAACCUGGUCAAAAUCACUAUAAUGUCGAAGGAUUCCACUUGUUGGAAGAACUAGACACCCAUAAGAGAAGGGAGAGAAGAGCAUGCAAAACGAAUUCCUGCAGCAGAUUUUCAGGAUCGCUCUUGGUAUCCAUUGUUGCUUUGUUCUUUGGAGUCCGCUUAUUCCUAAUGUUCAGAAAUAGAUACCCUGGAGAUGUCAAUAACUCUACGACUAUCAAUACACACGAGACACAAACAAAAUCACAGAAAUGGGAGCUGCCUGCGUCAUUUUCCAAGGGAUCCACACGAGAACAACAAAAAGUUAUCUCUGACGUCUGUUCUGAACGAAAAGCUGUCUCUCCCCUAAGAAACGAAUCAUCUACAUCGGGUGACGUGUCUUGGACGAUUUGCAUGACAAUCAAUUCCGGAUUCUAUGACUUCUUCCGAAACUGGUACAAGCAUUACAAAGUGCUUGAUUUGCAGUUGGAAAUUGUUUUGUUUGCCGAAGAUGCGGUUGUUUAUGAUCGCCUUUCCAAUGCCACGUUUCUGAAUCGCGAAUAUACCACAGUUGUCAAUGCGACCAAUACUACUACGGACCCUUCUCCCAUGGCGACAUCUACUCCAUCAAAACACAUGACUGCUGAAGCAGCUGUGUUGCCAACACAGGCUCCAUCAAAUGUCACGGCAAAUGUGUCAUCCUCUUCUUCCACCGAUGAAUCAGACGAGAAUGCUUCAUCAGGUUCUUUGGAUGCAUUAUGGUCGGACUGGAAUCAUGGAGUGUUCGACAUAUAUUCCUAUGCAUACAGGAGCUUGAUUGCCAAUCGCCCAACUAGGCUGUUACAAGUCUUGUGCUCUGGACGCAAUGUGCUAUACAUUGAUACUGAUACCGUCUUGAAGAAGAGCCCAUUGCCUGUUAUCAACAAGAACUAUCUGGAAGGAGUGGACAUUAGCAUCGCCAUUGACAAAAUGGGAACCGAGGCCUAUGCGCAUACAUAUGAUCUUUGUACCGGUUUUAUCGCAAUUAAGGCAAGGUCAGAGACGAUUGACUUUUUGUCAGAUUGGGAAAAACGUUGCCACGAUGAUGCACGCGUCCAGAAUGAUCAACAAGCUUUCAAUCUAGCUUACGAAACCUUGUGGAAAAAUUGGAAAGAAUCCAGCUCUCGAAGGGUAACUCUGGACGUUUUACCUUCUAUACUGUUUCCAAAUGGCGAACAAUUUUUCACCCUUUACAAUGAGAGUCAACGAGAAGAAGCAAUAUUGGUCCACGCUAACUGGAUAGUGAGUGGCGCCAACAAGAAACUCAAUCUAAUGAAGCAUGGCCUGUGGGAUCCAGAAUGA